CACUGAGAUGCUCACAUUUCAGGGCUGUGGGCUGCCCUCCCGGCGGCCGCGAGCGCCCUGGUGUGUGCGCGCCUGUGUGCGGCCGUCCCCUGUGUGCGCUGCUGUCGCUGUCAUCACAGAUGUACCCCAGCUGUCACUCCGUGGCUCGGCGCUGCUCGCGCGCACAAGCGCCUCCUCUCCCCUUUCCUCCCCUCUCCUGUCUGCCUCCAUCCCUCCCUCUUUCCUUCUCAGUUUGUCAUUGACCCACAGCCCUGUGCCUUGCCGCGGCAGGCGCUGCUUCUGCACUAGCUGCGUGCUGCGUGCCACCUGCUCCUGGCAGAUAGGGUACCCAGCGCCCACUGUGCUCUGCCUGGCAAAGCUGGCUGGAUUUCUCUAGGAAUCCCAGGAGGGGUUCGCUGAAUGCUUCCAGCGACUUGACUUUAGGGACCUGGCCGGGGGAAGUCAGGGCGGCAGGCAGAAGGCGAGCGUACGACUGGUCUCGCAGGCGGAGGCGGAGGGCGAGCAGUGGGUUGGUGCCUGGGCCUUGCACCAGGCUCUGCCUCCUCGGGGCCAUGGACUGACAGUGCACGCCCAGGGGCUCCUCUCUCCGGAGGCGCAGGGCUGGGAGAGCUGCGUUCACCAUGCUGGCCCCAGGCAGCGGCCCCCGGCAGACGAACAGGCUUGCCCUGCACUGGGGGCAGAUCUCCUGGAUCACCUGCUGGCUCACCCUGUGGGCCGUGGAGGCCCUGCCCACCUGCCCUUUCUCCUGUAAGUGUGACAGCCGCAGCCUGGAGGUGGACUGCAGCGGCCUUGGCCUCACCGUGGUGCCCCCCGACUUGCCCGCGGCCACGCGAACCCUCCUGCUUUUGAACAAUAAGCUGAGUGCCCUGCCAAGCUGGGCAUUUGCCAAUCUGUCCAGCUUGCAGCGACUAGACCUCUCCAAUAACUUCCUGGACCAGUUGCCCGGCUCCAUUUUCGGCGACCUGGUGAACCUGACGGAGCUGCAGUUGCGGAACAACAGCAUCAGGACCCUGGACAGGGACCUGCUGCAGCACUCGCCCCGGCUGCGCCACCUGGACCUGUCCAUCAACGGCCUGGCCCAGCUGCCCCCGGGCCUCUUCGAUGCGCUCCCAGCUCUGCGCUCCCUAUCACUUCGCUCCAACCGUCUGCAGAACCUGGACCGGCUGACAUUUGAACCCCUGGUGAGCCUGCAGCUGCUGCAGGUUGGGGACAACCCCUGGGAGUGUGACUGUCACCUGCGUGACUUCAAGCACUGGAUGGAGUGGUUCUCCUACCGAGGGGGACGCCUGGACCAGCUUGCCUGUACCCUGCCCAAGGAGCUGAGGGGGAAGGACAUGCGCGUGGUCCCCAUGGAGAUGUUCAACUACUGCUCCCAGCUGGAGGACGAGAACAGCUCUGCCGGGCUGGAUAUUCCUGGGCCACCCUGUACCAAGGCCAGCCCGGAACCGGCUAAGCCCAAGCCAGGGGCGGAGCUGGAGCCAGAGCCCAGCACAGCCUGCCCCCAGAAGCAGAGGCACCGGCCGGUGAGCGUGCGGCGGGCCAUCGGCACAGUGGUCAUCGCCGGGGUCGUCUGCGGCAUCGUCUGCAUCAUGAUGGUGGUGGCUGCUGCCUAUGGCUGCAUCUACGCCUCCCUCAUGGCCAAGUACCACCGGGAACUCAAGAAGCGCCAGCCCCUGAUGGGGGACCCGGAGGGUGAGCAUGAAGAGCAGAAGCAGAUCUCUUCUGUGGCAUGACAGCCAGCCCCACCUGGCCAGCCCUCCAGCAAGCAAGCCGCACUGUGCUGAGUGACUCUCCGUGGCCUUCCAAGUCUCUGAGAAAGCCGCCCUGUGCUAAAGGCCCCUGCUGAGGCUGCUCGGCCAGCAAGUCUUUGGUGGGAACACCUGGGGAAUCUCCCUAAGCUUGCUGUUAGAGGGCAGCAGGAUGUGCGUGCAAAAGCUUCGGGACUGAGCACUCCCCGCCUCCCUCCCUGCCCUGGCGACAGUCACAGCAGGCAACUCCCCCAUGUCUUGCUCGAGCCCCCCUCACCUGCAUUUAGGGAGUGGGAAGGAAGUGAUACAAGUGCCAGGGAGUCCAUUUCUGUGACUCUCUUCUAAGCCGGGAAGAUAUUCCUAACCGCCCUUCUGUGUGAAAGUUGGGUCCAGAUUUCACCUGCUGGGACUAAUGAGCAGCCACAUGAACCCUGUCACUUGGACUCUGCACGUAGAACACAACACUGCAAUCACAACCCAUGCCCUCAGCUGAUGCCAUCAUACCCCAAAUCUGCUAUUGGCCACAGGCCACACCGCUUCUGGAUUCACUAAGAGGCUCUUGGACAAACAGAGCAUCACCAGGGCAAUCCCAAAGAUUGAGUAGAUCUCUCACCCCUGUGCACACGCACUCCCAGUCACAUGGAGACGGGUCCUGAAGACACGGGGAGCAGGACACACUUCCUCUGGGCCUCUUGUCCGCAGACCAGAGGCCCUUUGGCUGGCUCACCACAAUCUUCUCAAGUCAACCCGGGGAGGAACCCAGCGCAGUAACACAGGAUUCCUCCACGGUCCUUCAAAGUGGGCCAGAGUGGCGCCACCAGAGGGGACCGCACAGCCCCUCGGGAACCCUCUCUCACCCCAGAGGGGACCGCGCAGUGCCAUGGGAACCCUCUCACCUGUUCUGCUGGUUUCCCAGGGACACCGGCCCAGAGGCCUUGGAGCUGGAGCGGGAAGCUCCAGAGCUACGGUCACACUGGGCAUUUCUGCAGCACUGCCAGGCCCCACAGGGACACCCCACUUCCACUCGCAUAGCCCACAGCCCAGAACUGUUGCUCUGUACCUCUCACCCCUCCAUCUUCAGCAUCUCAGGGCCCGUGACCUUGGGGCAAGGACGGGGUCAUGCUCUGUGACUGGGGGCAUCUUGGGAAAGCAGGUGGCCCCUGCUGAAGCUCACUGCCUGCCAGCAGACUCCAGGAGCAGAGAGAGGAAGCUCAGAGGCUUCCUUAGUGGGGCGCCCCUUCCCAGAGUUUUAGCUGCUCGGUCUGGCUUCCCAGAAUUUGUAACUGCAUCUGGGCUGGGGGCCAAACCAGACCAUGGGCCAGGGGUCUUGUCUGUUCCUACACAAGGGUCAGAGGUUCCUGCGUGUAGGGCGGUGGCAGGUGGUGGGGGAGGAGGGCUGCACAGGGUUUGGUGGUCCCCAGGUCCUUAUCCUGGGUCUGCCCCUCGUUAUGGUCUCAUCUUGGGUGAGAACUAGGUCUCCCUCUGCUGGACACUGGUCUUCCCAAGGCUUACAGACGGCCUGGUUUCUGGCUCUGCGUGGUCUCAGUGGUGGCCCAGGAAGAGGUCAGCACAACACUGAACGCCAGGGUCUGAGGAAGCACAGGGCAGCCCGCUUGCUCAGCACCCGUGACCCCGUGGAGGAGAGCACUGGGUGAGGGGCAGGGAUGCCUCUGAGAAGGUGGGUCUCUGGCAGUGGGGGUCCAAGCACAGGCUGCCUAUCAGGCUGCUAACCACACCUCCAAGGUCGGGUGGAGGGGGCGGCGCAGUCUGCCUUUUGGCUUGCUCACUGACACCAGAUCUAGGGAUUUUCUAAAGGGAAUAUGGGGAGGAGCAGGUCUUGUUAAUGGUGGUAUCUUCAUCUGGAGACAGAAGAUUUUUAAAGGCAAAAUUAUAUUUCUGGUUUGUUGUUUCAGAAGACCAAUAAAGACCGUAUUUUCCUA